AUGCGUUGCCCUCACUGUGAAAAACCUAAUUUCUGGACAACUCCAUUAAAUGCUACACUUUCACUCAUAUGCUUUAAAUGUAAAAGAGAUAUGAAUGCUACGAAGAUCCAAAGAAGUCUAACCCAAUUGAGUCUUGAUCAGCCAAGAGGACGGCGAUCAUCACUUGCUCGAGCUGCUAAUGAUGGAAUAGUAGGUCACCAUAUUAGAGCCGUAUCUGCUGAUCCAAGAAAGGUUAUUUCCUGUCCUUAUUUCACUGAAUGCAAAGAAUAUGUCAAAAAACUCGCUUGGUCUAUUUCAUUCUUUAAUAAGAAACAUGAUCGGUGCUAUUGUCAAUCGUGCUAUUCGCAUAAUCUGCCCAAUACAUUACGAGUAGCAGAAGCAGAGUACGUAGUACCUCGAGGCUGGGCUGGUUUUGGACUUGGUGUGGAUCCAUUUCGUGAUGACGAUCUAUGGAAUACAUGGAUUGUUGUCUAUCAUGGUACAUCGAAGCUUGCAGCGCAGUCGAUACUGACUCAUCGUCAGUUUCUCUUACCUGGUGAUCAUUUGCUUGAUGGAUCAGAAUUAGCUAUUCGACCUGGACAUAUUCCUGGCAAAGUAUAUAUUUAUACAUCUCCAUCAAUCCGCUAUGCAAGUCUUCAGGUUUACAGUUCAUUAAAUUCAUUUCAAUCAUCAAAAACAGGUAAACAUUACAAUGUACAAAUAGUACUUCAAUGCAAACAAAAGCCUGGUACAUUUUGUGUUCAAGACGAAACAGUCGGAUGGGGUGAUAAACGUAUCUGUAAUAUUGUCCCAAAUGAAUCUAUAGAACAUUUUACGAAUCGACGUUCAUCCGUUAUACCCUAUCGUCUACUCAUUCGUCUCAAAGAUGCAUCAUGA